GCUGGACUACAAAUCAGUCUGCUAUGUUUUUAUUGGUUACUCAGCCAACCACAAGGGAUACUGUUGUCUUGAACCACACUCUAGUCGUCUCUUUAUCAGCAGGCAUGUCAAAUUCAAUAAGCUGCACUUUCUUUUCCAAACUGCUGCAAUUUCAAAGUCAACUAAUCCUCGAUUAUUUCAGCUACAAACUCUUCCCCAGUCUCUUGAAAAUCAUGCUCUACCCCGGCCAUCAAUCGAUUUGCCAACCAAUGAAGUUUUUGCUACAGAACCUGUACCACAUCAAUCUUCAGAGUUUCAGCCUGCAGUCCCAAGUCACCUGCAGUCAAUCUUGCCCACUUCCCUAAUCGAGUCAUCAACUUCCACUUUACCAUCACAUAUUCAUCCCAUGGUUACACGUGCUCAAACAGGUAACCUUAAACCAAAAUCAUUCUUCACAACUAGACAUCUAAUACCUGUAUGUUUUCUUGCUGAUCUUACAGCACAGCCUUCAGAGCCUUCUUCCUAUCGUCAAGCUCUUCGCCUUACUCAUUGGAAGAAGGCUAUGCAAGAUGAAAUGGAUGCCCUGCAUGCCAAUCACACGUGGACCUUGGUACCCAAGACAUCAAAUAUGAAUCUGGUCAGCUGUAAGUGGAUAUUUAAAGUUAAAACAAUCUGAUGACACAAUUGACAGGUAUAAAGCCAGACUUGUGGCUAGAGGCUUUACUCAACUUCCAGGAUUGGAUUAUGAUGAAACCUUUAGUCCUAUUGUCAAACCAGGAACUAUUCGGUUAAUUCUUAGCAUUGGUCUCUCUCACGGGUGGCUUAUUCGACAGUUAGAUGUCAGCAAUGCAUUUCUUCACAGUGAUUUAAAUGUACGUGUCUAUUUGGCUCAACCACCGGGUUUUGAGGAUCCUGCUCAUCCACAUCAUGUUUGUCUUCUUCAUAAGGCUCUCUAUGGUUUAAAGCAAGCACCGCAUGCUUGGUAUCUGAAAUUCAGCAACUACAUACAGCAGAUGGGCUUCACACGAUGUCUGUAUGAUCAAUAUUUAUUCUAUCGUCAACAAGGUUCGUAUGUUCUUCUUCUACUGAUCUAUGUCGAUGACAUUCUUCUUACUGGGUCAUCUCCAUCUCAAAUAUCUGCUUUUAUUACUCAUCUUUCAUCUGUGUUUCGCAUGAAAGAUCUUGGCGAUGUCCAUUACUUCCUUGGUCUGCAAAUUACCAGGACUGACACAGCACUCACCAUUACUCAAACAAGGUAUCUACUGUCACUUCUACACAAGUUUGGAUUAGCUGGUGCUAAACCAGUUGCCACUCCUAUAGCAUCGGGUACCAACUUAUCUGCCACUAAUGGCACCUUGUUAUCUGAUCCCAUGCCUUUUCGCCAGCUUAUGGGAUCCUUACAAUAUCUCACACUUACUCGCCCUGACAUCUCUUAUGUUGUUCAUCAUGUUUGUCAAUACAUGCAUGCCCCACGAGAACCUCAUCUCAUUGCUGUUAAACGAAUUUUUCGUUAUCUCAAAGGAACUCUCGAUAUUGGCCUUCAUUUUGUUCCCAUGCCCUUAACUACUCUUCAUGGAUUUUAUGAUGCUGACUGGGCAGGGUGUAAGGAUGAUCGACGCUCCACGUCUGGUUUUGCCAUCUAUAUGGGUGCCAACUUGCUGUCAUGGGGUGCUAAAAAGCAGGCCACAGUUUCUCGCUCCACGGCAGAAGCAGAAUAUCGUGCUCUAGCUGCUACCACAGCUGAACUUAUGUGGUUCAUGAACCUAUUAAAAUCCAUUGGCUACUGUCUUCCACCUCCAAAGUUGUACUAUGACAAUAUCAGUGCUAUUACUAUGGCUAAAAAUCCAGUGUUUCAUCAUCGCACGAAACAUAUUGAAAUCGAUGUUCAUUUUGUCAGGGAACGUGUUGCUAGUGGUGCUCUGUUGCUCGAACAUGUUGCUGGCAUUGCUCAACUUGCAGACAUAUUAACCAAACCUCUUUGUUCGGACAAGUUUGUUCUCAAUCGUGACAAGCUCCUCAUCGGGUCUCAACCGUCUUGAGCUUGAGGGGGGAUGAUAAGAUAAUAAUCAAUCACAGCUGUGAUUGAUUAUUAUGGCAGCAGAAUUUCUGUGAUUGAUCAUAGCAAUAUAAGGAUUUCUAUAAUCCUAUAAUUCUGCAGUUACCUAUAAUAUAGACAACAAUCACUCAUGUAAUUAAUAUAUAUAUACACGUCUAAUACCAUAACCACAUGGUGGAUUUUCUUUCCUUUGUUUUGCAUAAUUCUACACCAUUGACGAAACUGUCAUUCAUUUUGCACUUGUUCCCUAUUUGCCCACAUGAGCACAUUGAACUUUCUGAAAUGUUUUAGAUCAAUAUGCCCUUCAUCUGUUUGGUCCUAUACAAGGAAGAAAUGUCUAGAUAAUCUCUACCCGGCCCAUCACUUGGUCUUGGGCUCUAAUGUCCUCUGAAUUAUGCCAAUCAUUUCAAAUUACCCAGGCUUAUAAUGUGAUUGAUUGACCAGAAUGGAGAGCGGGGUUUCUUUGCCUCUUGGUUUGCACAUUCAGAGGCUGAAGGUGAUGACCCUUUUGGAGAAUCAAGGCGAAUAGCUUGCAAAAGGUGUGGCAACUUUCAUCUCUGGGUGCAUACCAAGAAAUCAAAAUCCCAAGCAAGAUGGUGACAGGACUGCAAAGAUUUUCAUCAAGCAAAAGAUGGAGAUGGAUGGGUUGAGCAAUCUUCACAACCCUUCCUUUUUGGAUUAUUGCAGAAGGUUGAUGCUCCCACUGCAUAUGUUUGCGCAGAUAGCAAGAUAUAUGAUGCCACUGACUGGUAUAUUUGUCAGGGAAUGAGAUGUCCAGCCAACAGUCACAAGCCAAGUUUUCAUGUAAACACCAGUAUAACCUCCAAACACAAUACCAGGAAGGGAUCCAGUUCAGGACAAAGAAGCGGUCGGAUGCCAACACCUAAUACGGAGGAAACCGUGAUAGAAGAAGAAUUAUUUGAAUGGUUACAGAAGGCAGUGCAAGCAGGCGAGUUUGACAACUACAGUUCUGGCACCUCUAAUGAGAGCCCAUCAGCCAAGGCCGGAAAUGGUCCAAAGAGUGGCGGAGGUGGCAGUAGCAGUGGCAACAAAUGGAAGAAAAAAGGGGAGAAGCAAUGGUGAAAGUUAUAUAUUCUUACAUCCUCACGCCCCUCAAGUCUUGUAAGCAUUUUGUAAAGGGCUUAUAGGCUUCAACUUGAAGAGAGGUUGUGAUCUUUGCUGAUUUGAAUGAAGGCCUGAGGAAAAAGGGUUGAAGUUCGUUGAGUUGUAUGCUGGCAUGGGUAAAAAUGGUUUUAAGCCUGCAUCACAAUUCGUAUAUUGCUGCGAUGUUUUGGUAAUCAGAUGCGCGGAACCCACAUCAAACAAAUAGAAUGCCAGCAAGAAUGGCAGUGACACUCAAAGCCUCUGUGUAGCCUCUUGCAGAUCACCGUGCAGUUGGCUGCUUAUCUUACUGAUGUUAAAAGGCUUGAUGAGCUUUGCUUCAAAACCUUCUGCAAUUGUGAAAAGGUUUAGGAUCUGUAUCAUCGAGAAAACAUGUGAGUUUAUAGAGAAAGAAGGGAUCAGAACUCAAAGACUUCAUGUCUUCAUCCCUCACUUUUUUUUCUUAAAAAAAGAAUUACUCAGGCCCA